AGUUCUGCAGUGAAGGAGAAGUGUGACGGCGCUCUGAAGAAGAUCGGAGAUUUGAUCCACAGCUCUCCCUCCAUCCUGGGCAGCACAGCUAAGAGCAUCAUGGGGCUGGUGAGCGGUCACUCUGUGGAGAAAGAGGUGGUGCAGAGACCCAAACGAGGACGCAGGAAACUGUUCAAGAUGGACGCCACGCUGCAGGACUCCCCAGAUGCAAUGUCUGGAAGAGCGAAUGAAGAGAAGGAGAGCGAUCACCUGAUCAUCAAGAGACAGCUGCGCUCCAAGACCUGCAGGAAGUGACAUCAUCAGCAGGAAGUGACAUCAUCAUCCUCAGGUAGUGACCUCAUCAUCCUCGGGGAGUGACCUCAUCAUCAUCAGGGAGUGACAUCAUCAUCGUGGGACUUCACCACAAUGUUUCGGCGGUAUUAAAAACUGCACAGAAACUUUUUCUACUUUUAGUUUGUAGGGGUUUGAUUUUUUUUAAAGAUCAGAGAACAGACAACUUUCCACUAUCUGGUAUUUUCAAAAUAAAAGCCAUCUAUUAAUCAGA